UUUUCCUUCUUCCUUCCUUUCUUUUCCAGCGCGUCUCUCGCUGAAGUCAUUCUCCGUUUCGUGCGCGGCGGCAACCAAGGACAGGAGAGCAUCAGCAGGGAGAGAGAAAGGUGCCUCCUCUCCUCUCCUCUCCUCUCUGCUCUACUCUCUUUUCUCCUCGCCAUUGCGCUCAUUGUGUCGCUGCUGAAUCGCUCGUCAGCGCGGACGCUCCUGUGACCGGAGGCUGCUGGAAGAAGAAGCGGACGGACACAAACACGGACAAACCUAUGCGUGGAUUUCGGCUCUUUUUCCCUUCGCCAAUGCAAACGGAAAUAUGCAGCGAAGCCUCACCUUGCUCUACACCAGUUUACUGGGGAUAUGCUUGGGUUCGGGCUCAAGUUUCCCAAGUAACAUCAACAUAGGAGGAUUGUUCCCCAACGUCUCGCACGAAUAUGAGGUGUUUCGCUUCGCCCUCUCUCACCACCAGGACAUCCCCAAACUGGUGUCGCAUGUGGAUAUGGUCAUAAUGGGAAAUAGCUUCUCCAUGACAUACGCCUUUUGCUCCCAGUUCUCCAAAGGUGUGUACGCCAUCAUCGGCCUCUAUGACAGGAAGACUGUAAACAUGCUCAUGUCGUUCUGCGGCGCGCUGCAUGUCUGCUUCGUCACGCCAUCCUUCCCCAUUGAGACCGCUAACCAGUUUGUCAUCCAGUUGAGGCCUGAACUCCAGGACGCCCUGGUGGGAGUCAUCGAGCACUAUGGGUGGAACAAGUUCGUCUACAUGUACAGCUCUGACUCAGGGCUGUCGGUGCUGCAGAAGGUUCUGGACACAGCGGCGGAGAAGAACUGGCUGGUGACCUCGGUCAACGUGGAGAGCAUGACGGGGGACUCCUUCUUGAAAGUGUUCAAGGAUCUGGACAAGUGGAAGGAGGGGAAUAUCAUCAUUGAUUGUGAGACCGAGAGACUCACUGGCAUUCUCAAAGAGAUUGUAGAACAGGGAAAGAACGCAAAGAGCUUCCACUACAUCCUCGCCAACCUGGGUUUCCUAGACAUUGACCUGACAGACCUGAGGAAAGGCGGUGCCAACAUCACUGGCUUUCAGCUGGUUAACAACUCCGAGCCGAGCGUGAGCCGCAUCGUCCAGCAGUGGAUGGAGUUUGACAACAAAGACUCCAAAAUGCCCAAAACUGGACUCAAAUACAUGGGCGCGCUGACAUAUGACGGGGUGAAAGUCAUGUCCACAGCCUUCCAGUAUCUGAGGAGACAGAGGAUAGAUAUCUCUCGCCGUGGCAAUGCUGGAGAGUGUCUCGCCAACCCGCCAGCCCCUUGGGGACAGGGCAUAGACAUCCAGAGAGCCUUGCAGCAGGUUCAAAUUGACGGGUUGACUGGUCACAUACAGUUCAACGAGAAGGGUCGCAGAACCAACUAUACUGUCAGUGUCAUGGAACUGGCCCCAUCUGGACCCAAGAAGGUUGGCUACUGGAAUGAAGAUGAGAAGUAUGUGAGCACAGCGAGCCUCUCCAGGGUCAACAACGACACACACGGACUGUUGAACAGGACAUAUAUAGUCACCACUAUUUUGGAGUCUCCCUAUGUGAUGCUAAAGAAUAACCACGAACUGCUCGUGGGAAAUGAUAAGUACGAAGGCUACAUUGUAGAGUUGGCUGCAGAGAUAGCAAAGCACGUGGGCUACCAAUACAAGCUUAAGAUUGUUUCCGAUGGCAAAUACGGAGCCAAAGAUCCUGAAACCCAGAAGUGGAAUGGCAUGGUUGGAGAACUGGUCUAUGAUAAAGCAGAUCUGGCUGUCGCUCCACUUACUAUCACUCUUGUCCGUGAAGAGGUGAUAGACUUCUCCAAGCCCUUCAUGUCUCUGGGUAUUUCUAUCAUGAUCAAGAAACCCACAAAGUCCAAGCCUGGUGUGUUUUCCUUCCUGGACCCUCUGGCUUACGAGAUUUGGAUGUGCAUCGUGUUCGCCUACAUCGGCGUCAGCGUCGUCCUCUUCCUCGUCAGUCGAUUCAGCCCUUACGAGUGGCACGCCGAAGACUACGAGGAGGGAGCCGAGCCUCAGACUCCCACGCAAGCGGCGGCCUCCAACGGCGUGCAGCCGAGCCAGACGCCAAUUCAGCAGAAUGCCAACCAGCAGAGUCCAGAACAGACCAAUGAGUUUGGCAUCUUCAAUUCUCUUUGGUUUUCGCUCGGCGCCUUCAUGCAGCAGGGUUGCGAUAUCUCACCACGCUCUCUGUCUGGUCGCAUUGUCGGUGGCGUCUGGUGGUUCUUCACCCUGAUCAUCAUCUCCUCCUAUACGGCCAACCUGGCUGCCUUCCUGACCGUAGAGAGGAUGGUGUCUCCUAUAGAGAGCGCUGAGGACCUGGCUAAGCAGACGGAGAUCGCCUAUGGAACGUUAGAUGCCGGUUCGACAAAAGAGUUCUUCAAGAGGUCAAAGAUCGCUGUGUUUGAGAAGAUGUGGUCCUACAUGAAGUCGGCUGACCCAUCAGUGUUUGUCAAAACGACGGACGAGGGAGUGAUGAGGGUCAGGAAAUCCAAAGGCAAGUACGCCUACUUGCUGGAGUCCACGAUGAACGAGUACAUCGAGCAGAGGAAGCCAUGUGACACGAUGAAGGUGGGAGGAAACCUGGACUCAAAAGGUUAUGGGAUUGCCACGCCCAAGCGCUCCCUUCUAAGAAUCCCAGUAAACCUAGCGGUGUUGAAACUGAAUGAGCAAGCCAUCUUAGACAAACUGAAAAACAAAUGGUGGUACGAUAAAGGCGAGUGUGGCAGCAACGACGCCGCAAGAAAGGACAAGACAAGUGCUCUGAGCCUCAGCAAUGUGGCAGGAGUCUUCUACAUCCUGAUCGGAGGCCUGGGCCUGGCCAUGCUGGUGGCACUGGUGGAGUUCUGCUACAAGUCCCGGACCGAGUCGCGCCGAAUGAAGCAGUCCAUCAACGAUGCCAUGCGCUGCUCCACCUUGACCAGGAUGAGUGGUAACGGGAGCGGAGGAGAGAACGGACGGAUCCUCACCCACGACUUCCCCAAGACGGUUCAGACGCUGCCCUGUAUGAGCCACACCGCCAGCAUGGGACUGGGAACCUCCGGCAUGUGAUCACCAUCUCGUCCCGCUGGGGUCGACGGGACCGUCAGGGUUAGGGGGGUGGGAAGGGUCAGAACGGGAGCACUAAAAAUCCUGGCUGUCUGGUUUUAGACCAACCUACUCUCCUGGCUGUCAAUGUGCUUGACUUAAAAAAGAAAGAAGAAGAAAAAAAUAAUAAUUAAGACUUGAACUUACUGCCAAAAUGCACUCUCCAAACCGCUCCCAAAUAAACUAUGAACAGCAACUCCACAUUUUUUAAUAAAUGGAUGUUUAAAAAAAAAAAGAACAAAAUAAAUGUGCUGCAAUAAAAAAAAAAAAAAAGCUGUCAACGGAGUGUGAUUUUGACAUUUUUUACAGUGUCCAUCUGUGUGGGAAAAAAAAAAAAACAACAAAAAAACCGAAAACUUAUUCUUCAGUGUGACGACUGCGCUGUGCCAUUUUGAUGGCCUUUGUCUCCGUGUGCAAUACUCAAACCUCCACUCAUGGCCGGACGCUUUCCAACCGGCCGGCGGGAUGCGUCUUUGCACGGAUCGGACGCAGGAGGGGACGAACACUUGUGACUGCUCUGAUAUUGUUUUUGGGGACAUUUGACCUUCCCGUUCACUCCCUUUUUCACAAACACUCCAUUUUUGAAGAGCAGAUUGCUUCGUGAAGCCGUUUUUAUGACAAAGUGUUAUGGUUUACACUGUUGUGAUAGCAUAGAGCCUCGAUGGAGAAGGUCCGAGUUCUGGCCCAGUGAAGAUGACUGUUGAGGGGACUCAGCAGUUGACCUGGCUUCAAUGAACAAGCGUUGCUGCUACACCUCAUUUCACUCCUAUUUGCCUUGUCUUGCUACUGUAUGAUCAUUUGCCCCAAAUACACACAGACACAACGUCAGGCGAAAGUAUUCACCCCCCCCACCCUGACAUUUUUUGUGUUUUCCUACCUCACAACCUGGAAUUAAAAUGGAUUACUUUAAGAAAUGCAUCGUUUUGCUUACAUGACAUGCCUACAACUUUGAACACCUUCCCCACUGGGAUUUUUGCCCCAUUCCUCAAGGCAAAUUUGCUCCAGCUCCUUCAACUUCGGUAGUUCUCAAUUGGAUUUAGUUUGAGGCUUUGACUAGGCCAUUCCAAUACGUUUACACGUUUCCUCUUAAAUCUUACUACUGUUGCUUUGGCGUAAUGCUUUGUGUCAAAGAUCGUGGUUUCCUUCUUACCUUCUUCCAUGCAGUCGAGGAGUCUCCCUCGUGCCUUUAGGCAAACUUAAAACGGCAGCAGUGUGAGGAGUUCACCUGUGGGUUGCUGGUCUGAAUCUGUGCUCUGAUUGCCUCAGUUUUUUGUGUCUUUGGCCAAGACACUUCACCCACCUCGCCUGUUGGUGGCGGUCAGACUUAAAUUCAUUACGAAUGUCACUUCUGAAUUGGUCACGCCUUUUAGAGGCUUCGUCGCAAAAGGAGUGAACAGAUGUGCACAAGCCAAUUAUCGGUUUUUAUUUUAAGAAUCAGUUUUAAAAUUAAUAUAAAACAUUUAAAUACAGGUUGUAAAGUAACAAAACACAAAAUAAAUGCCAAGAGUGGUGAAUGCUUUUGCCGCAAACUCCACUCCCGUUGCUUCGUGGUCGUAGUUUGGGCGGUUUGUGGUUAAAUUGACGGGAGUCUAGAAGGAAAAAAAAGAGUUUUCGGCUACGUCGAGCACAGAGGGACCUCACACUGUAUUCUACUGUUGUAAAAUUCACAGCAUAUCCUGUAUAAAGCGGACUGAGAACAUCUUCCUCGUAUUAUUGUGCCCUCAUUGUUCAGCCACUCCCGGCGUAUUUUCAGCUGUCUGCAGUUCUAAUGAAAUUGGCAGCAUGCACGGUUUAUUGAGACGGGCAUAUCCCCUGCAGAUUGUGCGUGGCCUAUAAAAGGAAGGUUGGCCUCAUCUGUCUUGCCGUCGGUAGCUAAUAGUGGAAAGAGGCGGAAUUGACAUAGUUUGAAUGACUGACUGACUGUUUCUGUGGGGGGAGAGGUAAAGCAUUUUGGAAUCACUGUGUGAAGAAAAGAAAACAUGGAUCUACGUUAGAGGACGGCAGUGUUAACAGGCAUCUGAGGCUGGGGGAAGAAAAUUCAAUACUUUGCACCUCGAGUCUCUGUUAGAUAUUUUUGCACUUGUUGGUUUAGUUCAUACACUCAAUGUUAAAUUAUCAACACUUACUGUACCAACCUAAAAUGCUCUCAUUCUGUUCUCAGCUGUACAGAUCACCUUGUGUUUGUAUCACAGUCUGUUUUGCUUUUUGUUUUUUUGUUUUUCCGUCUGGGCUUUACGGUUUCUUCUUGUUGCACUUCACAAAUUCGGCUCAACAGUUUGAAUUCAACGCGUUUACACGCAGAAUGAUAUAUUUCUAGGGUUUCUGUUGGUUUAAAUGAGCGCGGAUUACAGCUACCGAAAACCUAGUUCAAAGUUCAACUUCCAACACUUGAGUUAGGUCACUUUGUGUGGACUGAAUCUUUUUAAAUUGUUUCAAAGUUUCGAUUUUUGUUGUCGUCGGUUUUGCAUCGAACGCUCAAUUCAAAAGCAACGUUUUAAUAAUAUUCUCAUUUGCUCACACUGAGCACUCGAGAAAAAGUCAGAUAUUAAUGAGGAUUAUGUUUUGCUAGCUGGAACGAUCUGAUCAUUUUAGAUGUCUGCACCUUUUUUUUCUAUUAUUGGCAGUGGGCAGAGUAGAAGGUGUGAUCACAGCUUUCCUUGGGGCAGCAUCUCAUCUGAAAUGCGCUGACAGUUGUUGAGCCGUUUCCCUUUAGAUCACUGUCAGUCAAAUUUUAAAAGCAGACAUGGAUACAGCUUUCAUAAAUAUGUCUAAAUAUAAAGGGCAGCAAUGUUGGGUUUUUUUGUUGGUUUUUUUUUUUUUGCAUUUUGUAAUGUCUCUUGGUACGUUUUGAUGGAUCUCCCCAUGGUCAUCCUCUCACGAUGCAAGAGCCUUAACAUUUGCUGAAGUACAAGCUCAUAAAUUACAUCGAUGCCCCAAGCACGGCCUCCCAGGUAAAUCUCUGUAUGUAACGUAGCAUUUUUAUGCCUCAUUAGGUUUACUUCCUGUUCAUGAAUAAUGUUGAGAAUCCACUUGAAAAAGCGAGCUUCGUCCAAGUGAUGUUUUCGUACAAAUAUUUGUUUUUGGACCAAAAACAAAUAUUUGGGGAUCUUAAAUGAGAUUAUUUCAGUCAGUGCUACUAUGGGUAAGAUAUUGGGCAAUGUAAGAUUAUUUAAGACCACAGGACAAAAAAUGUUACUUCUGCUGAUAUUCUAAUUAUUACAGUUCUCCUAUAGAGUGAUACAGAUGCAAAAAGUUGAAGUUAGCUAGUUAGGUUGGCCAUCUGCUUGGGUGAAAGUUGACUGCUAAGCAAGGAUGCUACUCAUAGCUUAUAAAUAUAGAUAUUCACUUCAAAAUCCUUCAAACUUUUACUUUUGUCAAAAAAGUAAGGCUACAAAUAUGUUUCUCUACAAAAGCUGGGGGAAUAAUAUGAGCUUUGUCUCUGCAUUUCCAUCCUUCUUUUGUUCUUUUUUACUCUGUUCAGCUUACUGCAACGUUAUUUAUCUGCGCUGUAUUUAGGUAUUAAUCAAGUAUGAGGAAAUUCUUAAAGAAGCGAAAGCGGGGAUAAUAGAUCGAUUAAACCGCGCCGUCAUCACUCCGACUCGGCAUCUAUGAGCUUAAAAGUGAGAAGUGUGUGAUUUCUAUUCCUCUUGAGGUGACUGAAAGGUUACCUGGAAUGGGAGUUUUUCUGCUGCUGGAAACCCCAGGUGAGCCUUAGUUUAUGAACCGCACAUUCGAAUUGACCUCUCAUUUCAAAGGCCAGGCGCCCGUGUGAAGGCAGCGCGCCUCGAAUGCGUGAGUGAGUUUCAUUUUCACGGCUUUUGCUGAAAAAAAAAAAACGAGAAAAAUAACACGGUACCAAAAUCUAGUGUAUGACUUACUCUGGGCUACAUAAGUGGGCAGUCGGAGUUUACCCAAGUCAUACAUGUCUGCUAGUGUUCUGUAUAUAAAAGGAUUUUUCUCUUUACCAGUGAAAAAUGUUUGUUCUCUCUGAAGUCAUACGUCAGCGUGCCAGAAUUAGUUCACAGCAGAACCUUUUUUCUUUCCUCCUUCGUCCGUCUUCUUUUCAUUUUUAGGGUGUCAAUAGUACACAGCACAGCUCUCUUCAGAAGAGGCGAUAUGUUUUAUAAACCAUUAAAUAAAGGAUUUGUAAAAAAGAAGAAAAAAAUGAAACAAAUGAUCAAAAACAGACUGUGUUUUCACUGUAAAGGCGUUGGGAUACUAGCAAAGUGGCACUUUGAAAAGUAUUUAAAGAACAUAAUAUACACACACACUGCUGUUGAAUAAUCUGUAGAUGCUAAUGAUGUUUAAAUCCAGGUUUCUGGUUGAUUUCGAUUUAUUUUUUUUUUCUGUUUUCAGAAAGGCACUUCCUGACGGUAUUUUAAGUGCUUUAAAUGUAACGAUGUGGAUAUUUCUUUUUGUGUUUGUUGUAGUCAUUUUUACAGUGUUUUACUACUGGGAUCUACAGUUUGUUCACCAGACAUGGAAUUAUUUUAGGGGGUUUUUUUCAGUUAUUUUUAUUCUUUUUUUUUUUCGCUUUGUUUUGUUUUUAAACUUUGAAAAGUUUUCACUGAGCUUAUUUAAAACAGUGGUGAAUAACUUGGUAAAUAGUUUAAAAUAUAUGUAUAAGAGAAUAGAACUAUUAUGGGUCAGAUUUUUGAGAAAUAAACAUUUUUUCUAACCAAAGUGUCCUGGAACAAAGUCAUGCUUUUGUAACUGAAUAAAGGAAUAACCACG